CUAUUCGGGCAAAUCAUACUGAACCACAGCACAAUAUUAGCAGAAAGAAUGUAAGCAUGGUACGAAAAGCAUAGAGAACACUUGAAUCAGAAAAAGGUUCACUCAGAUGUUUUGCAUGUUGGAAUUGUACAGAUACAACUGCAACUGGUACGAGGUACCGACCAAGUUCCAGAAAUUGCUUUGCAUUAUGAUGGGAAGGUGCAACAAACCUUGCAUUUUGAGCGCGGGAGGACUGUACGAUAUGAACAUGGAGAACUAUGGAAAAGCAGUGAAAGCGUGCAUGUCGUACUUCACCAUGUUUCUGUCGAUGAGGGACUGAGUGUACAGCUAUCAAGCUCAACUAACCAUAAGGACAAUGAAACUGUAGUCACGAAAUUUGCUAGCAAAUCGGAAGUCACAUAGUUCCUACAGAAUGUCAGCAACAUUCAAAUGAAAUUCAAAAUGAAAACAUCUAAUGUAAUUAAGUGUCAAAGGGAAUUAUGGUAAAAAUAUCACUAAGCAA